AUGGGUCAAACCCAGAGAAAGAUGGGAUCUGGCCAAAUACGAUUCAUGGCUCCGGAACGAGGCGUGAAUCAACUGGCUGUUAACGCCAUAUUGAACGCCCUCUGGGACCUCUGGGCUAAAGUGGAACGAAAGCCGCUGUGGCAGCUAGUAGCUGACAUGUCUCCCAAAGAGCUCGUUCGUUGCAUCGACUUUCGGUACAUCACUGACGUUUUGACACCAGAGCAAGCGUUGGAGAUGCUGAAGCAACAGCAGACCACCAAGCAUGAGCGCAUGCAGCUUGCAAAAGACAGCAAAGCUGUACCCGCAUACAACACGAGCGUCGGCUGGCUGGGCCACUCAGACGAUACCGUCCGAAAACUCCUCCGUGAAGCAACCGACCAGGGUUUCAAACACUUCAAGCUCAAAGUCGGUCUCGGUCAAGACGUUGAUCGCAAGCGUCUCGGCUUAGUGCGUGAAGCUGUCGGCGACGAGGGCGUCCUCAUGACCGACGUCAACCAGCUCUGGGAUGUCGACAUAGCAAUUGAGUACAUGAGCGAGCUCUUGCGCUCCAACCCGCACCUCAAGCCUUGGUUCAUUGAGGAGCCGACCGCUCCCGACGACGUGCUGGGCCACGCAAAGAUACGGAAGGCUUUGAAGCAGCAUGGCUGUGGUGUGGCAACUGGAGAACAUAUGAAUACCAGAGUCUUGUUCAAGCAACUACUCCAGGCCGAAGCGGUGGAUGUGAUCCAGCCUGAUGCCUGUCGGUUGGCGGGAGUAAAUGAGCUGCUGAGUGUAAUGCUGCUGGCCGCAAAAUUUGAUGUUCCCAUACUGCCGCAUGCUGGAGGCGCUGGAAUGGUCGAGCUCUGCAGCCAUCUAUCGACAAUCGACUUCGUCGUGGUGUCCGGCAAGAAGAGCGUUCUCGAAUACACUGAUCAUCUGCAUGAAGCGUUCGAGGCUCCUGCGAAGAUCACAAGUGAUGGCUACCACGAGACGCCAACAACUCCUGGGUACUCUUGCGACGUGAAGGAGGCGGAGUUUGAGAAGUAUGAGUUCCCGGAUGGCAGUUUCUGGAAGACCGACCAAGGACUCAAGAUGGCCAACGACCCGUGGAGGGGCUGCUAUGGGGAGCAGACGUCGUGA